GACAUUUUAGUUCUGCAAAUAGGACAUAAUCAUUAACAUGUUUUAAUGAGUCAAUUUUCUUUUGAUUCUUUACCCAAAUAUAAAUGAUUGUUUCCUUUUAUUUAUAUAUAUAUUACUAUACAAAUCGUAUCAUAAGCAUGCAUCUACUUCAGUUACAAAAAAAAAAAACAUGCAUCUACUUUUUCUUUCUUUUCUCCUUUGCUAUUAAUUACUUUUUGGGUAAGAUAAAUUAAAGAAAAUUACUUUUGUUUCUGGUAAGAGAAUUUGUUAUAUAUAUAUAAGUUGUUUGGAUGAAUGAAUAACAAUAUCAGGGAGAACUAAGAAGACAUGGGAAGCCAAUCAUACGAAGACGCUAUCGAAGCUCUCAAGAAGCUUAUCAUUGAGAAGGAUGACCUUAAGACAGUGGCUGCGGCCAAGGUGGAGCAGCUCACGGCGGAGCUUAAGAAAGUCUCUUCAUUGAAUGGCAAAUCAUUCGAUCCUGUCGAACGAAUUAAAGAAGGCUUCGUAACCUUCAAGAAGGAGAAAUACGAGACGAAUCCUGCUUUGUACGGUGAGCUUGCCAAAGGGCAGAGCCCAAAGUACAUGGUGUUUGCUUGUUCAGACUCACGUGUGUGCCCAUCACACGUGCUAAACUUCCAACCUGGUGAUGCCUUCGUGGUUCGCAACAUUGCUAAUAUGGUUCCUCCUUAUGAUCAGGUCAAAUAUGCAGGAGUUGGAGCCGCCAUUGAAUACGCUGUCUUGCACCUUAAGGUGGAGAACAUUGUGAUAAUAGGCCACAGUGCAUGUGGUGGCAUCAAGGGACUUAUGUCAUUUGCACUUGACGGAAACAACUCUACUGAUUUCAUAGAGGAUUGGGUCAAGAUCUGUUUGCCAGCAAAGUCAAAAGUUUUGGCAGAAGCUGAAAGUUCAGCAUUUGAAGACCAAUGCGGCCGAUGUGAAAGAGAGGCAGUGAAUGUGUCACUAGCAAACCUAUUAACGUACCCAUUUGUGAGAGAAGGAGUUGUCAAAGGAACACUUGCAUUGAAGGGAGGAUAUUAUGACUUUGUCAAGGGAGCUUUUGAGCUUUGGGAACUCCAGUUCGGCCUCUCUCCUAUUCGUCCUAUUUGAACCAACAUAUCAAUGAUACCAUCAUCAUCUUCACCAUCUUCAUCAUUCUCUUCUCUGCUCUUAAUCUCCCAUCUAAAUUAAUUGCUACUCGAAUAAUUGCAUCUUUGUUUGAGUUAAGCUUCAUUUUCUCCAUCAUCUACCCGAGUUAUUAAGAAUACAAAAAUGAAUUCUGAAUGAUAUAUAAGAACUUAAUUAUAUGCUUAUUUGUUUUUUUAUUAAGUUGUUUCGAUUUAUAAGUAACAUGGUGAGAUGACAGAAUCAUAAAUUAUCUAAAAUGAGCAAAAAUGUUCAUUAAAUGAAAAACAUGAUUAAACUAGAGAAUUUCAAAGAAAAAAAAAACUAUUUUUAUUUUCCAUUGAAUCUGUGUAUUUGAUUUUACAAAGUUACGAACUGAAAUUUUCAAAUCUGUUGUCUAGGAAGGAGAUGUGGCUGGCUGCCAUAUUUGAUUACAUUAAGUGCGAUCGAUCUGGUCAAAUUUGGGAACCUUCAGCUUGUCAUUUCCAUUAUAGAUAACAAACGUGUUCCUUUGUAGAUCAUCAAAACCCCUCUACUUCGAAUGCACUCCAUGGUUCAUAUACAAAAUGUAAUAGUAUCAUGCAUUAUUUAAAUGACUGUAUAAUUUAAAAUCAAUGAAGGGUGGGGAACAAGCUUUAAAAGAACAUAUUAAAACAAAAGACAAAGAUCAUAAAUUAAGAAGGGGAGCAGUUUUCUCAUACAAAUUAAUAGAUUUUUU